AUGGGAGAUCCAUUACCAUUAAGACUAGCACUGCCUGAGCUGAGGUAUCCGAUUGGAUCAGAGCCAGAGAAGACGAUAUCGAUAAACCAACACUCGAUAGUUGCUUAUAUCAAAACUGUUAAGGAAAUUCUAGGAAAUGAUGAGUUCAACAGAAUAAGAGGGACGUUUUUGGGACCGGUGAUCAAGCUUGGAGAGAGGUCUUUGAAAUUAUCAGCUAAGAUAGUGCACGCAGUUCUCACCAAAAGCAUCAAGACAGUGAAGAGACACGAAGCAUGGUUCCAUUUUGGUGCUCAGCCAAUGAGGUUCUCUAUAAGAGAAUUCCACAUGGUGACUGGUUUGAAAUGUAGUGGUGAAGCAAGAGAACCACGAGAGGAAACCGAGAAAUUUAAGUGGGACUUCCUAAAAGGGUGUACUCAUACAGUAAAGGACGUGGAGAAGCAGCUCAGAAACACAAGAGAAGAUGCUUCUGAUGAGAGAUUCUGCCUUGCAAUGCUCCUCCUGAUUGAGAGCAUACUACUACAGAAGAGCCUUCUCGACGGUGGCACAACUUUUACUUUGGAUUAUGUGAAAAUAGCGCAGGAUAUGGAUGUCUUGAUGACAUACCCAUGGGAGAGAACAGCUUAUAAUUUGCUGUUAAAAUCACUUCAGAGAGCUGUCGACAAAAGCCUCGACAAAAACAAUUAUGAUUUGCAAGGAUUCCCUAUGGCAUUUCUUAUAUGGAUACUUGAGUCAGUACCUUUGCUACAGUAUGCAUUCAGUCAAGUUGUUCCUAUUCUGAGCGUUCAACCGUCUACCCCAAUAUUUUUGUGUGAGAAGUACCUUCAAAUAGCUUCUCCACAGCUGAUAGAUGUUCUCCUAAUUGAAAUCAAAGAUCAUCUUAAGGUCACAUGCAUCCUACCUCCUAUUUCUAAUGAUCCAGAAGCUGAUGUUUGCAUGGAAGACGAAGCUAAUAAAGAUCUGGAUGACAUGGCCGAUUUAUCCAAGAGAGGUUAUAAGUUUAAAAUUAGAGAUUGGCGAAACAUGUCAGUAGACCUAUACGGUGCUAAUGAACAAAUAAGAAGAGCAUCUUUACUGUUUGGGAAUGGAGGGAUGAGUCAAGCUUCUUCUUCGUAUCAGGAGGAGUCUUUGGAAUCAAAGAUCAACAGAAUCAGCGAGAUGGUGGGAGAUAAUUUAAGGAUCAUGAACGAUCGUUUGUGUUUGAUUGAAAAAGACAGGAAACAGAUUAAAGAACGUGUGACAAAACUAGAGAAACUACAAAGAGUUACUUCAUAUGAAACCCCAAACAAUGAGGAUUGCCUUCCUAAUUUUUGUUGUACUUGCACAGACUGA